AUGUCUCCAAAAUCACCUCUUUCGCUCUUGUUCGCUACAAUUCUCGUUCUCCUAAUUUCGGUUUCUUACAUUCACUCUCUUCCAGCUGUAGUUAAACGAGACUCACAGUUCGUUGGAUACGCAGAUCUCCUCGGCGGACGUGUAACCAUCACCCAACUUGCGAGUGGUGGAACAGUAUUCACUGGUCAAUUCAAUAAUGGAUUCGAUCAAAGCUCAAAUCCUAACGAUUAUACAAUUACUUUCCAACCAUCUGGCUAUGUAUUAAAAGUUAACUACUCGAUCUUAAAUGGUGGCACGUCAGCUUUUACCACAACUGUCAAUGACGCGAGAUUAUCGCCUGGUUCCGGCACCAAUCUCGCAAACAAUAAUUUGGUAGUGAGCAGGAAUGGUAAAGUGAUUGGUUCAGCUCCUGUUGUAAUCGUGUAA